GACACACUCGCCAAGACUUUCUUUGGAGGAACGCGCUCUAUAUCAUGCAUGCGACGGUGGCCAGAUGAAACGUCCUCUGUCUUAAACCUCACCGUCAACGUUACACGAUCCUUCCCCCUCAACGAUGCCGUUCGGUCUGUUCUCGUCCUCUUCCAAGCAGAAGAGCAGCAAACCCUCGGCACCGCGUCCAACACGCGCUCGCUCCAACUCCCUGGUCGGAUCCGGACCCGUUCCCUUGUUCUCCAGCGGCCGUCGCUCUCGAUCACAUAGUCGCCAGGCCGAAGUCGUCCCCGCUGCGCCGGCGCAGCAGGGAUACUUCCCCCCGCCCGCGGCGUCAGCUCAGUUCGAUGCUCACCAACGCGCCCACGAGGGAAGCCACCGUCACCCCGACGUCGUCAUGGACGCCUGCGACAUCCCCGCGCCGAAGAUCCACGAGCCGCUUGACCUCCGCUUGUACGACGCCAUCGUCCCGCGCGACCUUGCCUUGCACACCUUCCAGGCGCAGUGCUUUGGCUGCCUCCGAUGCAAGACUGUGUGGCAGUACGGUAUGAAGAUGGAAUGCCAGUGUAGCGAGGGGGGCCGCGACCCUCGCGAGCCGGAGUACGGUAUCAUCGGCCAAGGUCAACGAGGAACCACUGGGGAUGUGUUUCGGUUCACCAUCCCGUUGAUCAUAAAUGAGGACAAGAGGAAGUGGCUGAUGAAAGAGCGGCGACCCAGCAAGUACCGCGAACAGAUCACAGCUAGGGACAGCACGCUUGCCAUCCUCGACGGGCACAUACCUCCUACCCCCGGGUCUCACCGCGAUCGGUCCUGGUCGCUCGGCUACGCGGGCGAGCAUCACUCCGAUCCCAGCUCCUCCAGUCACAGCGGCAAAGGCACGCGUGUUCAAAGCUGGGUGGCUCAGAAUGGCCAACAACCUCCCGCUUCGAUGCCGCCUCCAGCUCCCGUGCCCCGCUCGAGGCACAGGGACCAGAAAGAGACCAAGGAACAGAGAGAGAGACGUUUGACGCCGAUCCCCACGAUGGCGGGGCUCUCGGACGAUCGACAUCGCCGCAUUGCAGCCAACCCUCCACCCGUUCCUCAGAUGCACGAUCCGCGCGUCCAGCCCAAGUACGGCGACCUUCCGCCGGUACCGCCGCACGUCGACCCAUAUCAACGCGCGACCGAUCCAAGGUUGGAUGCUUCUCGUGGAACGAAGGCCUCGAAGAAGCCGGAAUACGCCCCUAGCGCGCAGGACUUCAAUCCUCGCGGCCACGGGACGAACACGCAUGGAGUUUCCCCGACCGGGAUGCUUAUCCCUUCCAAAUCGCAGCCUAUUACGACCGGUCCCGUUUCGUCUCAGUCUCACGUUCGCGGUCACAGUUCCCAAGCGCAAAGCUCUUCGACAUCUCGCCCUCCAAGCGCUGCCCUGAUGGCUAACGUGCCACCGCAAGCGCCAGCCCGUGGGUACACCAAAGAGCGUCGUCACGAAGAAGGCACAGCACCUCCCAUUCCUCACCCGUACCAUGACGCCGGUCACUCGCAGGAUCGAUCCGGAGCUCGCGACACGGUCAAGGCGCAGGCGCCGGCCCAAGCUCUCCCUCUUUACAGUUCAAACAAUCACUCGCAUGGCUCGUACGCCAAGGCGCAGGCGCCGGCACCCCCUCCUCUGAGUGCCCGCAGCUACUCAUAUGGCUCGUCCGAUCCUCGUGCCCCAGACCCUCGCUCAGCCCCUAAGACGUCCGUACCAGCUCCACCUCCCAUGGACGCGCGUAGCUACUCGCACAGCUCCUCUAAUCCUCGCGCUGGGAGAACUCAAGCGCCCCUUCUCACAAGCGCACGCAGCUACUCCCAAGGCCCGACGGACGCGCGCGUUCCUCUCCCCGCCCAUGCACCCCUGCGUUCGUGCAUGAAAGGCGGCCGGUUCGAUGCGCCUGCGAGCGGCAGCGACGACGAGCGUGGGCGGCGCCCCACCCGUGAGCCCGUGUAUCGUGGAGCCUACCCGCCGCCCGCUCCUGGCGCGGCAACGCAAUCCACGCGCAAGCAUUCCCGGCGUUGA